AUGGACUCGGGAGAAGAGGUGGAAGAGGUCCGGAGAGCAAGCUUGAGUUCCUCACCUUCUCGACACUUUAGCUCGCUCCCUUACCCCGGCUCACGAAGAUCGAGCAAGAUGUUUGGAUUCGGUUCCAACCACAACGCAAAGGACCUCGGCGUCGAGGAUGAGCAUCACUUUCCCGUGUUCAUCAACGGGGUCGAGUCUCAUACACCGUCCAGUCAUGAUCCCUCGCCCUGGACCUCUACUGGUCCUUCGCCCAUAUCGACGCCUGCGUCGUCGAUGGGACACGUUGAAUCGAGCGAGGAGAGUCCCAGCAAUGGCCGCUCACACGAAAGGAAGCGCUCUUCUUGGCUGGGACAUUUGCCAGCAUCGUACUUCACGUCACAUCGGGCAUCGACCUGCAACGCAGAUGGCACUUCGCCUCCGCCGGUGAUGGCGCGUAGCGGUAAGAGGCUCGGUUCGCGUCCCAGCUCGUCUUCGUCGAAUUCUGGCAACUCAACUUGCCGCUUUUCCGGUUUUCGCGGCGGUCGAGACAACAAAGCAGACGAAAUCGCCAACGACUCGGUGGACGCGGAGGAGAAGAUUGAGUCGCUUGUUCCGAACGCGCAGUUCUUGGGCUUGAUGCUGCUCAUCAUCUUGCUAAUCUCGUCUCCGCUCAUAAAAGUCCUCUCUGUUUUGCUGUUCUUGGCGCUUCUCGUCGCGGAUGACUCUUAA